AGGUGUUUAGAAGUUUUGUUAAAUAAAAAAAACAAAAACAAAAAAAAUGAGUUACCAACAAUAUAUCGAACCGUGCACUGACACACCCCAGCAGGUUGACAAGCCCCGUUUAGAAGUUGCGACAUCUACCGAGAAGGUGUUGAAACAAAUUUUUUCGGGUAAAUCAGUUCCAAAUAAAAUUGUAGGUGAAUAUAAGGUAACUCCAAUAAUGUCGUACAUAAAUCGUGAGUUGGAUAUACUUUCACUUCGCGAGAAUGAAAUUCUGGCGGAGACAUGGAACGAUUACUUGACAGCCGCACCAACCCCAGCACCCCGUUUUAGACUAUAUCGCGAAUUAUGUCAAGUACAAGACAAGCCACAGCCUCGCAAGUUCUCUUUGUCUGGGAAGUCCUGCUACGAUCACUUGCACAGGCCUUGUCCGGUUCCUGCUUUUCGUCGUGAGUUUGGUAUAACGCGCCUCUUGCCACAACCAAGCAAGAAGAGAUAAGCACUAAAUUUAGGCUACAGAGAUGAUCUGUGUGUUUUAUUUUUAUAAAAAACCAUUUAUCACAAGUAACAAAAUAUACUUUGUUUCACGCACAA